AUGCAGCUCACAGAAGCGCAAGCGGAGGAGGUGAAGAACUGGGUGGUGAAGAAGCUGGAGGACAUAUCUGACGCUGAUGCCGAUGUCCUAGCUGACUAUGUGCUGGCACUUAUCCGAACCGAUGCUCCGGAUGAGGAGAUCCGAAAGGCCUCGGAGGAGAAUUUGGAGGAUUUUUUGAGAGAACAUACUGCACAGUUCGUCAAUGAGCUGUUUGCUACGUUCGCGCCCAAACAGCCUCCUCCGACACAGCCCCAAGCCUCGCUCGCCCAUGAGAAUCCCAGCAUUGAGUCGGCGCCUCAGCAGUCGACUCCGUUUAACCCCCAGUCGGCGCCAUUCAAUCCGCAAUCGGCUCCGUUUAACCCACCCUCGGGUCCUUCGAAGGGCGCAUAUGGCUCUCCCAUGGGCCAGUUCCCUCAGUCGCAAACUGACGCGCCCGGCUUCAACCGCAAGCGCAGCUUCCACGAAGGUUUCCAGAACGACCAGGAUCGGGAGGAUGUUCCUCAGCACCGGACUUUCAAGACUCCGCGUCGGGGCCGUGGGGGUGGUCGCGGAGAUUGGAUGGGCCGAGAUGGGCGUGGUCCUCCAGGUGGACCGGGGCAAUUCCCUCCUCCGGGGCCGGGUGGUUUCCCCGUCAUGCCUCCCUCGUUCCCUCCGUUUGAUGAAAAUAACCCGAUGGCGGCAAUGAUGGCGAUGCAGAGCAUGGGCUUCCCGCAGAUGCCUGGAAUGCCUCCGAUGCCCAUGCCACCCACAGGUGGUCCCGGUCAACCCCCUGAUCAAAUGAUGCCGAAGACUUCUGAACGUUGUCCCUUCUACGAGACUCAGGGUAUUUGUUACCUCGGGGCAGCUUGCCCCUACCAGCAUGACGCUAUUCCCGGGGCCUCGAAGGAAGACGAAUAUGAUCCGAAAUCGUCUAACAUCGUGACGGACUUCCAGAGACGGAAUAUAGACUCUCCAUUCCGUGGCAGUGACAGAGGUCGCGGCCGGGGCCGGGGAGACCGCGGUGGAUUUGGAGGCCGGGGACGUCGGACAGAGCUCUCAUCGGCCGGUCCCAAUGACGAUACUUCGAUCACAACGAUUGUCGUCGAACAAAUCCCUGACGACAAACUCGACGAAGCAACGAUACGCGAGUUCUUUUCUCAGUACGGUGAAAUCGUUGAAGUCUCGAUACAGGCACACCGGCGUCUCGCUUUGAUCACGUACGACAGUCAUGCCGCUGCUAAGCGGGCGUGGUCCAGUCCCAAGGUGAUCUUUGAUAACCGGUUCGUCAAGGUGUACUGGCAUAAGCCCAAGAACGAUCGCAGUCAUGAACAGCGACCAGCUCCGGGCGAUGCCAUGGAUGAAACGCCGUCAUUCGAUCCCGAGGAAUUCGAAAAACAGCAGGAAGAGGCGCAAAAGUCGCAUGAAGAGAAGAUGAAGAGGCGCAAGGAGACCGAGGACGCUCGACAAGCCUUGGAGAAACAGCGCGAGGAACUCUUGAAGAAACAAGAGGAAGAAAAGGAGCGGCUUCUGCGGAGACUGGGCGGAGAUGGCGCCAGUAAUGGCAAUGGAUCUGGAGACGGAGAGUCUCGGUCUCCGUCCCAAGAGAACUCCAGUGACCAGACCAAACAACUGCGGGCACAAUUGGCUGCUCUGGAAGCCGAGGCGAAGACUCUCGGCAUUGACCCCAAUGGCUCGGAAUCGGCUUCCCCCUUUGGCUACCGUGGUCGGGGCCGAGGAUAUCUCGGAAGAGGCGGUUUUGCUCCACGAGGUCGUGGUGGAUACGAUCCGUCCUACCGUGGAGGCUUCCGCGGACGCGGUGGUAUGGCGCGUGGGCGCGGCGGCGUACUUCGUCUAGACAACCGACCGAAGCGGAUCGCCAUCUCCGGCGUUGACUUUGAUACCGAGAAGGACGAAGCAUUGCGGCAGUUCCUGAUCGGCGUCGGCGAAUACGAAUCCAUCGAGCCCCAUUCCGAAGAUCCCAACUCCCUCAUCGUCGCCUUCAAGGAACGCUACAUCGCCGAGAAAUUCAUGCGCGGACCCUGGAAGAUCCCCUCGGUCGGCGACGUCCAGCUCGCCUGGGUGCCCAACCCCCCUAUCUCCCUUCCCCCAGCACCCUCGGGCCUCGAAUCCGAUGCCAAAACUGCCUCCGACGAAGACACCGCCAUGGACAUCACGAGCUCUUCUCUUCCGCCGCCGCCGGAUCAGCCGGGAAAGCCGAGAGACGGAAACGGGAACGCGGAUGUCGAUUACGAUGUCGCUGAGGUGGAUGAUACCUGGGGCAUGGAAUAG